AGUGCUGCUUACGCCUGCUUGCAGAACUCGAGGCAUCUGCAUUUGCAUCGCGUCUUCUUUCUCUCACCUUCACCUUUGUGUCGGAGGUCGCUUUAAUUUUUUUUUAACCUCAAACCUCAACAACAAUAACGACGCCACAUCCGAAUCAAUCCAUCGCCAUCCUGUCAUAAUGGCGACCGCGGUGCCCCGCCUGGAGCCCAACUUUUCCGCUCCCGUACAAUCCCUCCCCAACCAGAGCCAGACCGUAAAUCCGAGUCAGAACCAGAAUGAAAGCGAUGGAGGAUACAAGCAGAACUUGAAUCAGCGACUUCUAUGUCCCGAUUGCAAUGAAGAUCCUCCUAAUCUUGUCGAAGAGUUCUCCUCUGGAGACAUGGUUUGCGGCUCCUGCGGUUUAGUCCUUGGUGAUCGCAUCAUUGACACACGAUCCGAGUGGCGAACCUUUGCCAACGACGAUCAAGGCAACGAUGACCCUUCUCGUGUCGGUGACGCUGCGAACCCUCUCUUGAACGGCUCGCAGCUCGAGACCAACAUCGGCUUCGGCGAAGGAAUGCGCGCGCGAGAGCUGCAUCGCGCCCAGAGCCGAAUCACCAACGACAAAGCCACAAAGACGCUCUUAACCGCCUACCGCGAUAUCACGCAGUUUUGCGAUGCCAUUCACAUUCCAAAAACCAUCCAGGAUUCUGCGAAACAUAUAUUUAAGAUGACCGAAGACAAGAAGUUAUUCAAGGGGAAACCCCAGGAGGCAGUCGUGGCCGGCUGCAUCUUCAUAGCAUGUCGACAGGCCAAGGCGCCUCGGACAUUCCGUGAGAUUUACUCUCUUACUAGAGUUUCGAAGAAGGAGAUCGGCAGGACGUUCAAGGUACUCGAGAAGAUGUUGCAGAAUAGUCGUGAUGAAAACGUCACCGGCUCGUUCCUUAUGGUCGAGAACUACGAGGCUACCGGUACGACCGGCGCGGCCGAGCUCUGUGCUCGAUAUUGCAACAAUCUCCAGUUCAAGAAUCCCCAUCUUAUGGAAAAGAUAUCCAAGGUUUUGGCCGAGAAGAGUUCUUCCCUCAAAGAUCUGGCUGGACGAUCUCCUCUGUCGAUCGCUGCCGCAUCUAUCUAUAUGGCAUCUCAUCUUAUGGGCGAUGCGAAAACAUCUAGAGAUAUUGCCGCCGUGGCUGGUGUCAGCGAUGGGACCAUUAGGACGGCCUAUCGCCAUAUGUAUCCGUCUCGCAAGGAAUUGAUCGAGCAGGAUUGGCUCCACCCGAAAGGUGCUGGACGUAUAGAAAACCUUCCUUCGAAUUAGGGACGUGGAAGGCCUCUUGAACCUCGUGAGCAAAUUAAAUUUGCUAUUGCCGACUGGAUGGUUGUGGAAAACUAGAGGGAUUGAGUUCGCUCGAAGGACGUGAGAACCUUUUGCCACUUGGCAGGUCUGGUUUAUGGGAUUCGCAGA